CGAGUUUUACAACCAAAAACAUCUGCGUUGUCACUUCAUCCGAUCUAUCUCAAAGUUGACGAAAAGAUUAAUAUAUCAUUUUAAAUAAAAUCUACAUUUCAAAUUGGAACACCAACAUUUUGUGAGCGAGUGACUUUUUUCGGGCAUUGUUCAAGUUGUUGUGAUGUGAACUGCUUAAACUUUAGUGAUAUAAAAGAUAAAUAUAACUAGUGAAUUUAAAGGUGUUUUAAAUUGUCAAACAACUAAAGUAACACAAUAAUAUCUUUAUGAAUUUGGAAAUAAAAGCGACCAAGACGCAGUUGUGAUUAAGUACAUUUUGAGUUUUAUUUCUAAAUUAAGUAGUGAUCUCAAAGAUAAUAGAUAACACAGUAAAAUGACGAUGGGCAAUCUAAAAUAUGUGGAAAGUGCAAUUAAAAUGAAGUUUAAAUCAUUACUUGAAAAAAUAAAUGAGCCAAAUUUUGUAAUGGACAACUUCUACUCUGAUAGUUUAAUCAAAAAAAUGUUGGAGCAUGAGCCAGAACUCAAUGUAGCUUGUAGUUUAAGUAUCCUGCUGGGUGAGCCCAUUCGCAACCUGAGCGGUACCACCUCUCCGUGCGCGCGUUCCUAAUCCGGCUCCUAGCUUUCGUCGUCAGGGAUGAACUAUGCUUCGCCAAACUUGCACAUAAGAUCAAUGACCCACUUUGCCAAGCGUAUCAAGAACUCGAAUCUCCCGCAAUGACACCCAGUCUCCGCCUGGCUUACCUAGAAGUAGCCCUUGCAGUCAUCGAGAAAAACACCGGAUUACACUGGCUGCUCGACAAUGGGUCCUGGAAAGCAAUUCUAAGCAUCAAAGACCACCUAAAUACUGUAUACGUGAUAAGACAGAAAUACAAGUUCGUGUCAAAAUUCGUAUGGAGAUUGAACGCUUCGGGUAGCGACGAUUAUGUUAGGCUGGUACUAAAUUUUAUCAUGCAACCCUUAGUUACAGCAGAUAUUGCCCCAAAUAAGUCUAUACGACCGAACGAAGAGGCCGAAGCGUCCGAGUGGCUCGAGCCGAUGCUCCUCAUGCUGCUAUCCAUAACCAACGAGUACAAUGAGCUGACCAAGUCCUCCCUAGUUGCAAACGCGCUGCUGAACAACUUCAAACUGAUUAACCACCUCUGGAUACUCUUUGAUAGAUUCCGCAAAAACAGCCUCACUUCUCUCCUGGCCAAACUCACUUUCCGCGUGUGCCUCGUCAAAACUUUACAUAGCAAACCACUGACGGACGAUACGGUGUACCACGCGGAAGAUUUCGGGGAAGCCACGGCGGUGUAUUUCAAUACCGUACAUUUCUUUACAAUUAGACGGAACGCAAUGAUGGUGCUCGACUUUGGGUUCUCAUGCAAUGAAUAUUGGCAUGGCUUGUGGCGCGAUAGGAAGCCAAAAAUGAUUGCGAGAGAUUGUAUAGAGAACUUUCAGAACAAGGUGUUGUUCAUGUACCUCGUGCCGCCAAUCUGCUUCGUGACCAGGCACCUGCCGAAGACAAUUCGCCAGAAAGAGGGGUACAUGCAAGACUAUAUCAUGAAACUCAUACACAUGUCUUGCGAACACUCUGCUAGGGCAGGUACCCUCCUGUCCGAUCUUAUCAUAGAGUCCUCCGAUACGGAAGCUAUAGUCCUGAAGAGUGUAAAAAGACUGACUUGUUUGAACAACUCCAUGAACAACGAACAGGCUAAUCUAGUUUUUCAAGGACUUUUUUACGUACUCAAAUAUUUAGACCCCAAUCCGGAACACUUUGACUACCUCUUGCCUUCUUAUGGCAAUUCAGAGACCAAAUUGAGAGAAGACCAGGAGAACAUGUUUGUCUACACUUAUGUCUUGGAAGCUAUCCUACUUUUGGUCAAGAAUUUUCAUAUAAACUGGCAUGAGAGCUUAGAAAUCGUUUGUUUGUACAAUGUCGUCCAUAGUAUAAUAUCAAGAACGAAUGUACCCAGUAAGUUCAUAGUGACGGCGCUGAACGUGAUAGCAGAGACAGUGCGUCAGUUCAUGCCGCCAAACCUGUCACUGCUGAUGGAGUCUAAGCCCGGCUCCGCCAUCGACGACCUCGGCAAACUCGUCUACCUGAAGAUGCGAGACCUGCCCUGGGAGGUGCGAGACUCGGCGCUAGAACUUCUACUCGUGUGCACCGAGAUCUCUUACGUCAAAUUCCCACCAUUUCAAAAACAAAUAAUCGAGAACGAGCUAAUAGUAGUUGCGGCGUCAGUAGCGCUCAACGACCAGGAAUUCUACGUGCGAGCGUCGGCGCUACGCUGCCUCGGCGCAGCCUGCAAGGUCACCGCCGUGUGGGACCAUCUCAAGAACAAACAUCCUGAUAUACAGGAUUCCCUGCUGCACAUUCUUCGCGACAACCCAGAAGGCAUCCUACGCAAGGAAGCCUGCCACGUGCUCUGCGAGGUGUACCUCAAUGUGAAGCUUGGCCCCGACUUCCGGCACGCUCUCUACGAGCAGAUGGUCUCCUCCGCCGUCAGCGACCUCCACUGGGAGGUCCAACUCGCCGCCCUCAAGUUCUGGAAGAUCGUCAUCCACGACCACCUCUGCGAUCAGGGCAUGCUCGACGGCACCUUCCCGCCCGUAACCUUCUCCAAAGAAUCAAGAAAAAUCGUCACCCUCAACAAAUCUGAAAUACAGAGGAGACUCCUAAAAAUCUUAGAAGAACUCGCUGCAAUAGGAUGCCUCACCGUCCUGUCCAAACUGUUACACGACGAUACAGAAACCGAAAUAUUGGACGCUAAUCUAGCCAUCGCUCUGAAUCUUCUAGAUAUCCUCAAGCGGUACGAAGUGACCGAAUUCGUGAAGCGCAUCGAAGGGGAACCAACGACCAUGGAGGAUUACUACACCGACAACGAAGCUAUGGAUUUGGACGACGUUGUAAUCAAAACUGAAGAUGACGAAUCUGAUAAUGCUAUCGAAGGCAUUGUAAAUACAGAUUAUAUGAACUUGCUCGCGCAAAUAUACGACCGGCAUAUGAAAAUAAAGAAUGAGAAACCUGAACUACAGCUGAAGCCGAUGAUCAAGUUAAUGCGUUAUGUGAAGCCUUAUUUAUUUCUGAAUCAUUUGAUAAGCAAGGACUUCAAGACGAUAAUAGAGUAUAAGAAGCAGUGGAAAAGUGGAAUACGCAGUGUUGAGUCGCUCUUAGAUGAUCUAUUAGGCUUUUAUGAGGUUCGCAAUGAUGUCAACAAUUUGGACUGCUAUUGACACUUGAUUGUCUUUUCCAUCACGGAAACCAUUGGGUAUUUCAUACUUUUAAAAGGAAAAAUUGAAAAAUUCACACCUCCGGCAGGACUCGAAACUGCGACCUCUCUGGCUUUGCCGGAGCCAGCCGCGCUCCCAACUGCGCCACUGCCUGCUGGAUGUGUGCGAAUUUAUCCAUGCCUUCCCUCAAUUCUUAAACGCCUUAGGGUGGCGUAUAGCAAAAUUUACCCGUAAGAAUACAUCCUAACAGGCACUGGAGUCUCAAGUUACAUUGAGUAUUUCUGAACAUGCAUUGGAUAUUUCUGAACUUUGAAGACGUGCUAGGAGCGGAAGACAACACGUAGAGUUCCUUCUGACACUUGAAUAAAACGUAAAAGCUAAACCAAGCGGAUGCUACCCUUGCUCAUGUGACGCAAAGGCAGCACCCGCCAGUAAGAAUGAUUUGACAGUUUAUGGAAUCUAAAAUGAACUGGACUUAAUACUGGACCAUGGGAUACCAGACGCCUGCCUAAUAAAAUGGUAUCUAAUUUGAUUUCCCCCACAAUAAGUGACAUCUAUGAUGGCUCAUGGACAACACCGGUGUUAGAAGAUGACAGCUCAAAGGUACCGAGAGGUGUGCGUCGCUUUGUUUUCUACCCAAGUUACCUAGCCAACUUCAUAAUCAUAAAUUUAAAUAGAUAUCAUACACGAAAGAAAAAACGACAGGGCCCACAGUUGGCCCAGCCGGGAAUCGGCCAUCUCUCUCGCUAUAUCGUAAUCCUGCAAAGGACUCGUAUAGGAGGUACAAGCACUAAUUUCUCGCCCUUAGAGUUAGUCAAAGGCGCCUAGCCUUAUCAGAGAUAACAUACACUAGAGAAAUUUCGUCGGGUACCACGGCGGGCGGGUGGUCUAGUGGUGAGGACGUUAGCCGCGUAAGCUGAAGACCCGGGUUCG